UUCAGAUUUGAUCUUGUCGAGUCUACCGGUCUUCGGCAUAAUUAAAUUUGAUCUAUUUCGAAAUUCAUAUUGUGAAUAUGGAUGAAACUGUUAUAUUUCCGUCACCUAACUGGUUCCAAGUUUCUGGAUUAGCUGUUUCUAAAGAUGGUUGGCUAAUUUACGGCGGCCCUACGAAAAACUUAUGCAUUUUGAAACCCUUGGAGUCUAGUAAAGAUGGCAUUUUUGAAGAAAAGCAAGCUUAUCAUGCUUACAUCAUUAAUAAAGCUCACAAAGAGAAGAUUGUUAGCGUCGAUAUAUCAAGAGAUUGGCCCGAGAAGAAGUUAAUAUUAACCGGGGGCAUUGAAGGUACUGUCAAGCAGUGGGAUAUUGAUCAACGUGAUAAUUUAGGCAAAAUUAAAUGUACUCACAAUCAUACUGUACAUGAAAAUCAAAAAGAGGAAGUAGUAGCAGUGGAGUAUAGCAGCGAGCCAUAUGCAAUAACAGUAGGGUUCUUCGGUAAUAUCGUAAAAUGGGAUUUAAAUGCUAAUAUUACUAAGACUUAUACCUACUUCCUUAAAAAUUUCAAACCGACUUGCAUGGCCUGCUCUCACCAUAUUCCAUUACAUGUGGCUGUUGGCACUAAACAAGGCGUUGUCUUUGUUUUGGAUCUCAAAAAUCAAGGAAAAAUUUUAUAUAAGAUUAGAGGUCAAGAUGAUGAGAUAUUGAAUUUAUCAUGGUGUCCGCAGUACGAAGUGACCCUUAGAAAAUCACUCAUUAACUCUGUAAAGAAAUCUAAAAAUUCAGAAAAGUCGGGCGAUGAUGGAAAAGACGAAGCUGCUAUAAAUUUACACCGUUCCGCUAUUACUAAAUCUUUACCAGAAGAUAGUUUUUGUGAUGUUCAAGAAGAUGAUUUGUUUGAUAUGUACAAGGAUCACCAAGAUAACGAGUUUGGUCACAAAAAGUUUGAACCGAAAGAUAUUGUAGUUAAAGUUAAAAAGGAAGAGCAAAAAGGCGAAUACUUAGAAGAUUGCUCAAAGUUAAAAGAUAAAAUGAACAAAAAUAAAAAGGAAUUCGACACAUCAAUGGCUAGUCUUGUCGAUGCUUUUGACAAAACAUCAAUUCAGAAAAUAAAUGGCGACAAUCAGAAAGUAGUAAAAGAAAAUACUACUACUACUGCUACUACUACUACUGCUGCCACUACUACUACUACUACGGCUGACGGUACUAUUCUGGCUCCUCUUAGUACUCCUCCUUCUACUCCUCCUACUAAUACUACUCCUCCUAAACCAGCCACAACAACAACUACUACUAUUACUACUAUUACUACUGAGGCGCUUGAUGAUGAGGAGACAAAAAUUAUAGGCGAUUACAUUCUACAUACACAUAGACAUCUUUUAGCAUCAAUUGGAAAGUAUGGCGCUGUCAGGAUUUGGUCGAAAACUGGUAAACUGAUCGCAAGCUGUACCAUUCCAAUAUCAAAUAAUAAAAUUGUAAUAAAAAAUAAAAGAGGAAUGCAAAGUUGUAAUAGUAUUUUGUGGUAUAAGCCUGAAGUUCUUCUUAUGACUGAUACAUCGAGCCAGCUACUUCAGUCCAAUCCACUAGAAAUUGAUUGCAAAAAUAAUAUUGAAUAUAAUUUGGUUCAUAAUUAUCACAAACGCGGCUUAUACGGUAUAUAUACAAAUGCACCGCGUGUGCAAUCUGAUGGUAAGUCGAUAGCCAAAUCUGAUAAAUCGACUGACCAAUCUGACGUUUCAUCAAAUGAGUCUAGCGAAAUGUUGCAAGACGUCAACUUGAUCGCCAAAUCUGACGAUAAGUCGAUGGAUAAGUCUAAUGAUAAUGUGUUGGAUAAGUCUGACUGGAAAAUUUGGACUGUUGCGCAAGAUCGAAACAUAAUAUGCUAUUCUAUGGAAAAAAAGGAAAAAAUUGCUGCAUACAAUACAUGCGGAGGAUUUAUUUACUCUAUGCAUCUUUGUCCAUAUGAUGCUAAACGGUUAGCAAUAAGUGUAGGCGACGGUGCAAUACGUGUUUGGGAUGCACAAAUUUCCGAUAAAGACGGCUCAAAAUAUUUAAUUGGCAGUACUAUGUAUUUUUGGCAAAAUGUCCAAGGAAAAGUCUUGACAGUGGCAUGGCAUCCAACUAAGGAAAACUUACUUGCAUUCGCCACUGCUGAGUCUAGGAUCGGUAUAAUAGAUGCGAGUAAGACAGAACGUGCCGCAAAGAACUUACAGCUAGUUCUAAGUGGUGGUAUUUACGCUAUCAGUUGGGGAGAAGAUUUCAAUUUAUACGCUGUUGCUGGAGGAACUAUGGUCAUGUAUAACACAACUAAACCCGAAGGAGAUCCAAAACCAGUAAUCGUAGAGUUUGAAAAUAAGCAAUGGGAGCUUAGUGCUGUUACCUGGUAUCCUGCCGGUUUAUUAUGUGGGAGCAACAACGGUGCUGUGGCAAUUUUAAAUCCAGAAACCCACGAGCUUUUGUCUGCUAUCUUUGUUUAUAAUAAAAUGAUACAUUGUAUGGAUUGGCAUCCACAGCAUGUAACUGAAUCUAAUGAAGAAUCUCAGUACAAGAAUUUGAUAGCCGUCUCAUCAUUAGAUAAACAGUCUGUAGUUACUAUACUGGAAUACACCGAUAAAGGAGAUGGUUUAAAACUAAAUCUAUACAAAACUCUAAGUGGUCAUGCAGAACCAGCCUGUCAGUUGGCAUGGAAUCCACACAAAGAGGGAAUACUUCUUACCACGUCAUAUGAUAAAACAGUGCGAGUAUGGGAUGUAUCCGAAGGUCAACCUAUAGCUAUAUUCGAUGGUCACACCCUAGCUACGUUCACUGCUUGCUGGAGUCCGUACCCUAACAUGCCAACAACGGUGAUGUCCGGUGGAGCCGACUGUUGCUUGAGAAUGUGGAAAUAUGAAAAGUACCCGGCUAAUGUUUAUUUAGAAAACCAUAAGAAUGAUGCUCCAGCUAAGAAAGAAAAGAAGAAAAAGGAGAAAAAGGAAAAGAAAAUAGAUGAAAUCAAUACCGACGGUGACACCGACACGGACGGUCAAGUCGCUACGAAUUUAGAUCAAAAUGUAAAAAUAAAAGGACCCAAGAAAUUCCUUUUACCGAUAGUACAAAAUCAAAUAUCACCUUGUACAAUAGAAAGUGUUCGAAUAAUGGCACAGAAGUAUUUGCAACCAACUAAUGAAAAAGAGGUUGGAAAAACCGGUAGAGAUACAGAUGAAAAUAUGGAGGUUGAUUCAGGUGCAGUCGAUUCAGCUGCAGUCGAUUCAGGUGCAGUCGAUUCAGGUGCAAUCGAUUCAGGUGCAGUUGAUUCAGCUGCAGUCGAUUCAGCUGCAGUCGAUUCAGGUGCAGUCGAUUCGUCUGCAGUCGAUUCAUCUGCAGUCGAUUCAGGUCCAGUUGUUUCAGGAGUAGUCCAUUUCACAAAAAUGUUCGGUACCACAAAUGAUCUCAACGAAUUGUUGGAUUUAGAGUUGCACGCGCACCUGGCGCACGAGCGCCUGGAGCCGGCCGCGCUGCUGGGCGUGCUGCGCGGGCACGUGGACGCCGUGGUGCGCCGCGCCGCCGAGCGGGACGCGCUGUGCCCCUUCAUCGUGAGCCUCGCGCCCUUGCACGAGCGCCUGGAGCCGGCCGCGCUGCUGGGCGUGCUGCGCGGGCACGUGGACGCGUGUCCUUCAAUGCACGAGCGCCUGGAGCCGGCCGCGCUGCUGGGCGUGCUGCGCGGGCACGUGGACGCGUGUCCUUCAAUGCACGAGCGCCUGGAGCCGGCCGCGCUGCUGGGCGUGCUGCGCGGGCACGUGGACGCGUGUCCUUCAAUGCACGAGCGCCUGGAGCCGGCCGCGCUGCUGGGCGUGCUGCGCGGGCACGUGGACGCCGUGGUGCGCCGCGCCGCCGAGCGGGACGCGCUGUGCCCCUUCAUCGUGAGCCUCGCGCCCUGCGUGUCCUUCAAGUAUUGGAAGUCUGUAACUCAACUGUAUUUGGCUCAAAUCGAUAGAUUGGUUGCAAAACACCAACAGAACAAAUUAAUUGAAAACAAGCAAUACGGAGGUCACAUUUACCGUAAAGUGGCGCACCAACUUAGUAUUCACGAUGUGUUAGGAGCCGUCUCAACACUUACCACUGCUAAGCAUUUCAAAGAAGCAUAUGUACUCGCUAAAGCCAGACAUAUGGAUAGUAUAGCGGAAGAUAUAUUGUCGCAGUGGACAGCGGAUGCCACACUCACAGGAAAUCUAACUUUGGCAGCUGUUUGCAACUUGGCAAUGGGAGAUGUCUACAAAGCGUCUUUGAUUUUGGCUAAAUCAAAGGAGCAAGAAUGUCUGGCUUUAGCCGCGGAGUUAGCGAAAGUUGCAGGACAGCCCACAUUCGCUCAUCACAUUGAAGAUAAAAUAACUAAAAUUGAAACUCCACAAAAUGAAACCGAAGAUAAAAUAACUAAAAUUGAAACUCCACAAAAUGAAACUGAAGCUUUACAGCCACUGCCAUCGAAAGCCGAAGUAAUGUUAAAAGAGGCAGAAACAAAUGGCAGUGGAAAUAAUAAAGAGUGAUUUUUUUAGUUCCUACUGUGACGAUUUUUGUCACUUUUUUAAUAUUUAUAUUACCAAAUACUUCAUUUUAUUGUGUUUUAAUAAAACUUGCUUUACUUGUGGAUCAAGUAA